AUGGAGCUGCACAUCAUGUCCUUAAAUCAUAGUAACCUUGUGCAACGAACGAUUGACUUGAAUUAUGCAAAUAAAAAACGAACGCGUUCUUUAAAAUGGAUUUUUGUUAACACUGCAUUUUUGACUGCAUUCACCUAUGAUUUAUCAUGUAAAUGUGAAGGAUAUACAUCAAUAUUCCACUAUGUGGAGCUGAUGUGCGCUGGAGUGUUAGCAGCAAACCUGGUGCAACAUUUACUGCAGCUGCUACCACAAAGAGCACCACCAUUAUCUCUCUCCCGCACUCAACAGAAGCUACUUGGUCUAAAUGACACUGACUUAGACUCAUCAUUUAUACUAAACGACAAUGAAACAACAAGGGCGGCGGCAUCAGGCAGUGAAGUAGAAGAAAGUACUUGGUCUGUAUCGGAUGCGGAUUUAUCUCUGUCACCGCGUUCUUGGCGCUCCUCCCCUCAACGUCAGUCGUCACAGGCACAACCUCAUUCAUCUUCACCAUCUCCGUCCCCACCAUCUAUGCCAGGCCGAUCUUUUACUGAUCGCGAUACAACCAAAGACUGUUUCAUUGCUGACAGAAAAACGCUGAUGGAGUACCUAACGCAAUUUGAUCAGCAAAAUCAAUCUGAAAACUCUGCAAUAGUACCAGAAAGCUCGUGGAAUACAUCUUCUGCUGCUUCUUCUCCAUAUCAACUUGCUUCCAUUGACAAUGGGGUCAAUGGAAAGGCAGAAGAGGGCACAUCAGGCUAUCCUCAAGUUUGGUGGCAACUUGAUUUGGAUCCACAGCGUCUUACACAAUUUAAUCUUAACUUGCGACUGUGGAUAUACAUAACUAUUCUUGAGCGGCUAGUUCGUGAAUUGGAGCGUGCAGAUGAGAUGUUGUCCCGGUCCUCUGCAGCUGCACCGGGUGCUCUGGUCGCGGGCCAUGUCCCACUCGAGCGUCUACGGAAUCUGGCGAGAACUUCGCAUCCGGACCUUGCAGCUCUAUUACCGUUUCUAGAACCCUACCCUGAGCAGCGAUACAUCGUGCGACGAAUUAAAGAGCUGGCCAGUGGUGAAUGCAUGAGCGCAUACCGAUGGAAUGGUGGUGGGACUGAUUGGGAUGAGAGUAAACCGACUGAUGCUGAGCUGAUUUUACAUUUAGUCGCCACCUAUCUGGAUAUCCAGACGAGCGUCGGCAUCGGUGGCGUUAACAGAGGUCGGACUUUUAGUUCAGAAUAUCUGAUUGAAUCAAGUGACACAAAUGGAGUUAGGCGGGGACGUGGAGCAUUAGGUGUGCUACGAGUGACCACCCGCCCACCACAUUACGCUCUGAUGGUGGGAGACCAAAGGCUAGAAGUGCCCCGUGGUCGGAACAACCUUCUGCAUACUCUCUUAUGCCUGCUUGCCGCUGCGUCACGUCGUAAUCCACCCGCACUUGCGCGCACGCAUCUCGGCCCUGCUGGACUCAAUAUGCUUUGGAUUAUAGGACGAUGA